AUGGACCAAUACAACAUUCUUCUUGACAAGUGGUGUAGUAGCAAUGAUCCAAGCAUCAUUCUUCAUAAAUAUUAUCAACCAGGAGAACUCAUUAUUGGUGCUAUAGUUUCUCAGUACAUGGUUGCUUCCGAAGAGACCAAAUUCAGAAGACAUCCAUUUCAUGAUAUCAUCCCCGAGUUCCUUUCAGUGACUCAAGCCUACCAACAUGUCGUAGCCUUGGUGUUUGCAGUAAAGGAGAUUAAUGAAAAUGCCCAGAUCUUAACCAAUAUCACCGUAGGCUUCAAGAUCUAUAACACCUAUUAUAAUGCAAGAUAUACUUAUGCAGCCACAAUGGAAUUACUCUCGACACCAAGCAGGUUCAUUCCUAACUAUAACUGUGAUCUCCAAAACCAUCUGAUGGCCGUUAUUGGGGGUCCAAACUCUUAUGAGGUUCAGUACAUGGCAAGCAUCUUGACCAAUUACAAAAUUGCACAGUUUCUUCAAGCAAGAAACCCUGCUUUGGAGAAGGAAGAUGGCUUCCUAAGAGAAACCUGGCAACAGGUAUUUAAUUGUGUCUUCUCUAGUUUCACCGGAGACCAUAUGAGAGAGGACAUUUGCACUGGAGAUGAGCAGCUAGGGACUCUCCCUAUGUCGGUGCUUGAGAUGAGAAUGACUGCUCACAGUUACAGUGUCUACACAGCUGCAUAUUCCAUUGCAUAUGCUUUGCAUGCCAUAAAACUGGCUGAAGGCUACCUCAAUGACUUUGACAAACUAGUAGAAGUGAUUCACGAAACAUUAUUUUUUCUCUUGACCCGUACUUCUAAUGUGGUGAUUGUUCAAGGUGAAUUUUCAACUAUAGCAACUUUAAGUUAUUACUUCAAAGCAGCUGAAUUUUUGGUAACGUCAGAAUAUUCGAAAGUCUGGAUUAUGACAUCAGAUGUUGAUUAUGUAUCCCUUCCCCAGCAAAGGGGUUGGGAUUUAAAUUUCCUUCAUGGAUCUUUAUCCUUGGCUGUUAAUUUCAAGGAUGUUUCUGGCUUCCAUCAGUUUCUUCGAGCAAGGAACCCUUCUUUGAAGAAGGAAGAUGGCUUCCUAAGAGAAACUUGGCAACAGGUAUUUAAUUGUGUUUUCUCUAGUUUUACCAGAGACAAUAUGAGUGAGGACAUUUGCACUGGAAAUGAGCAGCUAGGGACACUCCCUAUGUCAGUGCUUGAGAUGAGAAUGACAGCUCACAGUUACAGUGUCUACACAGCUGCGUAUUCCGUUGCAUAUGCUUUGCAUGCCAUGUACUCUUCUAUGGACAACCAAAAUGGAAUUGCAAAUGGAUGGAAACAGAAAGUUCAUCAACAGUCAUGGAAGAUGCAUCACUUUCUUAGACAGACUCAGCCCAUUUCAUUGUGUAAUGAGAAAUGCCAUUCAGGUUACAGAAAAAGCACAAAAGAAGGACAAUACUUUUGCUGCUAUGAUUGUAUUCCAUGUUCAGAAGGAAAGAUCUCCAACCAGACAGACAUGGAUGAUUGCAUUCAGUGCCCAGAUGAUCAUUACCCAAAUAAAGACCGUGAUUCAUGCAUUCCCAAACCUAUCAGUUACCUAUCUUACAAAGAUAAUUUGGGGACCAGCUUGGCCACAAUGGCUCUUGUGUUUUCUUUUACUACAAUUUACAUUCUCGGAAUCUUCCUGAAGUAUCACAACACUCCCAUUGUCAAAGCCAACAACCGCAGCCUCUCCUACAUCCUCCUCAUCUCCCUUCUCCUCGCCUUCCUUUCUUCCCUGCUGUUUAUUGGUCGACCCAGAAGUAUCACUUGUCUUCUUCGACAAACUGCCUUUGGCAUCAUCUUCUCAGUGGCGGUUUCUUGUAUGUUGUCCAAAACAAUCACAGUGGUUCUUGCAUUCAUGGCCACUAAGCCAGGAUCAAAGAUGAGGACGUGGGUUGGAAAACGACAGGCCCUUUCUGUCAUUUUUUUCUGUUCCCUUGUACAAACACUACUUUGUGUAGUCUGGCUUUCCACCUCUCCCCCCUUCCCAAAUGUUGACAUGGAGUCUCUUAGCACUGAAAUCAUUCUGGAAUGUAAUGAAGGCUCUGUUGUGAUGCUUUAUUGUAUAUUGAGCUUCAUGGGCCUUUUGGCUAUUGUCAGUUUUCUUGCAGCUUUCCUAGCCAGGAAACUACCAGACACUUUCCAGGAAACCAAAUCCAUCACUUUCAGCAUGCUGAUCUUUUGCAGCGUCUGGUUGUCCUUUGUACCUGCCUACAUGAGUACCAAAGGCAAAUAUAUGGUGGCCGUGGAGAUCUUUGCCAUCUUGGCCUCCAGUGGGGGAUUACUGAUUUGUAUCUUUUCCCCAAAAUGCUAUAUCAUUGUCUUGAGGCCUGACCUCAAUAGAAAAGAGCAUCUGAUAAAAAGAAUCAAUUAA